AGGAAAACCAUUAAAUUUGAUAUUUUGAGCUGAAUACGUGGAUCCUAGUGCCACUCAUCUUCCAUCGACUGCUCCCACAUUUCAUUUUGCACCUUCUUGCUCCCAAAUCCACAUUAAUCUCAACAGAGUCAACUCUAUUAUCCUACCAUGGCUGCUCUCACAAUUCCUCCGGCCAAUUCUCAGUGCUGUUCUAGCAAGAACGGACUCUUCUCACCGACCAAAGGACUAACGGCGAAAUCGGCCAGAUUUGAAACGGCGGUAACUGAAAAGGGGAUGAAGGUGACAUGUCAGGCAUCAGCAAGCAUUGGCGCCGACGUUGUUUCUGUUAUGGAGAGGAGGAAGCUUAUGAACUUGUUGCUAUUCGGCGCCAUUGGUCUACCCGCCGCCGGCAUGUUAGCACCUUAUACCACUCGACCUAGUUCAGCGACUUGGGAAGGUGGUAUCAACGCUAGGGAUGAGAUUGGAAACAAUAUUAUUGCAUCAGAAUGGGUGAACACCCAUACACCUGGUGACAAAACCCUUACUCAAGGCUUAAAGGGAGAUCCAACGUACCUUAUUGUGGAGAAUAACAAAAGUAUAGCAACAUACGGGAUAAAUUCAGUAUGCACUCAUCUAGGUUGCAUUGUACCUUGGAACACAGUAGAAAAGAAAUUUAUGUGCCCAUGCCAUGGUUCUCAAUUUGAUAAUUAUGGGAAACUCAUUAAAGGUCCUGCUUCUAUGUCUUUGGAACUCGCUCGUGUAGAAAUAGAUGAUGAUAGAGUGGUGUUUGGUCAGUGGACAGAAACCGAUUUUAGAACACGUGAUGAUGAUGAUGAUGAUGAUGAUGAUGCUACAUGGUGGUCUUAAAAAGUAAAUUAUUAUGUUAUUUGUUGAAAUUUAAUUAUUUUUAAGAUCUUGGAUGUUGAUUAGAAAAAUAAAACACUAGGCCCUUCUAAUCUCAUAUUUAUAUAACUUGCUAAAUAUGUGUCACAGUCGCACUACAUAUCCAAAUCAAGUAAUUAAUUAUAAUUUUAAAUCUGAAAUGCGGAUAUUAUAUGUAUAUUCAACGUUUUUAUUUUUGCAAUUCUACAACAAA